UAUAUAAUAUAUUGAAGGUAGGCGCAUUGGAGUAAGUUUGAGAGUAAAAACCUCUGUUUUUGGUUAAAAAUGGAUGGUGGUGAUGUAUACAGAGCAGGGAACAGUUUAAGAAAUAGUAUGAGAAAUGGUAGCACUUCCUUAUGGAGGAACAAUAACAUGGAAGUUUUCUCCAAAUCUUCAAGGGAAGAAGAUGAUGAAGAUGCCCUUAAAUGGGCUGCUCUUGAAAAGCUUCCAACUUAUUCUCGUUUGAGGAAAGGAAUUCUUACUACUUCCAAAGGUGAAUCUAAUGAGGUUGAUAUUCAUGAGCUUGGCUUUAAAGAAAGAAAGAAUUUACUUGAGAGACUUGUUAAAGUUGCUGAGGAAGAUAAUGAAAAGUUCUUGUUCAAGCUCAAAAAUCGUAUAGACAGGGUUGGACUUGAUGUUCCAACUAUUGAAGUGAGAUUUGAACAUGUUAAUGUUGAGGCAGAGAUUCAUGUUGGAAGUAGAGCUUUGCCUUCAUUUAUUAACUUCUCCAUUAAUAUUGUCGAGGGUCUAUUGGGAUUUCUGCCUAUUUUCAAUACCAAAAAGAAACAUCUUAAUAUUCUUGAAGAUGUUAGUGGAGUUAUAAAGCCAGGAAGAUUGACAUUGCUGUUGGGACCUCCAAGCUCUGGCAAAACCACACUUUUAUUGACUCUAGCAGGAAAGCUUGCCUCUGAAUUAAAGUUUUCUGGAAGAGUCACAUAUAAUGGACAUGAAAUGAAUGAGUUCAUUCCUCAAAGAACAGCUGCUUAUAUCAGUCAACAUGAUGUUCAUAUUGGGGAAAUGACUGUAAGAGAAACUCUCUCUUUUUCAGCAAGAUGCCAAGGAGUUGGAACUCGUUAUGACAUGUUAUCUGAAUUGUCUAGAAGAGAAAGAGAAGCAAAUAUCAAACCUGAUCCUGAUGUUGAUGUGUACAUGAAGGCAGCAGCAAUUGAGGGCCAAGAGACAAGUGUAAUGACAGAUUAUGUUCUUAAGAUUCUUGGUUUGGAAGUAUGUGCUGAUACAAUGGUAGGUGAUGAAAUGCUGAGGGGUAUUUCUGGAGGACAGAGGAAGCGUGUCACAACUGGGGAGAUGCUUGUUGGGCCAGCAGGAGUAUUGCUCAUGGAUGAGAUUUCAACUGGUUUAGACAGUUCAACUACAUUUCAGAUUGUGAACUCACUGAAGCAAUAUGUUCACAUCUUCAAUGGAACUAAUGUCAUCUCAUUACUCCAACCCGCACCAGAGACAUAUGAUCUUUUUGAUGAUAUCAUUCUUCUAUCUGAUGGUCAGAUUGUGUAUCAGGGUCCUCGUGAAAAUGUGCUUUCUUUCUUUGAAUCUAUGGGCUUCAAAUGUCCUGAGAGAAAAGGUGUAGCAGACUUUCUUCAAGAGGUAACAUCAAGGAAAGAUCAAGCUCAGUAUUGGGCAAGAAGAGAGCAACCUUACAGGUAUGUGACAGUCAAGGAAUUUGCUGAGGCAUUCAAAUCAUUCCAUGUUGGGCAGAGAAUAGAUGAUUACCUUUUAACUCCAUAUGACAAGAGCAAGAAUCAUCCUGCUGCUUUGACAACCAAAAACUAUGGUGUCAGCAAGAAAGAGUUUCUCAAAGCUUGUUUCUCAAGAGAAUAUUUGCUCAUGCACAGAAACUCAUUUGUCUACAUCUUCAAGCUUAUACAACUUACAUUCAUGGCUCUGGUUGCUACAACUCUUUUCUUAAGAACUGAGAUGCAUCGUAAUACAGUGGAUGAUGGUUCAAUUUACCUUGGUUCAUUGUUCUUCACUGCUGUUAUGAUUAUGUUCAAUGGAAUGUCAGAGCUUCCAAUGACCAUUGCUAAACUUCCAGUGUUUUACAAACAAAGGGACUUGCAAUUCUAUCCUGCUUGGGCAUAUGCUCUUCCAUCUUGGAUUCUCAAGAUCCCAAUAACUUUUCUAGAAGUAGGAGUAUGGGUGGCCAUAACAUACUAUUCCAUUGGAUUAGACCCAAAUGUUGGAAGAUUGUUUCGACAAUAUCUUGUGUUGAUAUUCAUUAAUCAGAUGGCCUCAGCGUUAUUCCGAGCUACUGCAGCUACCGGUAGGAACAUGAUCAUAGCUAACACAUUUGGGUCAUUUGUGUUGGUUAUGCUUGUGACUUUGGGUGGUUUUGUUCUGUCUAGAGAUGACAUUAAGGGUUGGUGGAUAUGGGGUUAUUGGAUCUCACCUCUAAUGUAUGGCCAAACUGCUGUUCUUGUUAAUGAGUUCCUUGGGCAAAAAUGGAGACAUACUGGACCAAACUCAACACAACCUCUUGGAAUUCAAGUCUUGGAAUCAAGAGGGUUCUUUACUAGAGGAUAUUGGUAUUGGCUUGGUUUGGGAGCAUUGAUUGGAUUCAUUAUUAUACUGAAUAUUUUAUACACUUUGGCUCUCACUUACCUCAACCCUUUUGAGAAAUCACAGUCUGUUAAAGCUGAAGAUACUGAGAAUGAUAUCCAAGAUGGGCAGCAAAAUAGUUCAAACAUUGGUGAAAAUCAAGUUGCAAAGAAAGGAAUGAUUCUUCCAUUUGAGCCGCAUUCCAUUUCUUUCGAUGAUGUUGUUUACUCAGUGGAUAUGCCACAGGAAAUGAAGAAUCAAGGUGUGGUUGAUGAUAAACUUGUUCUGCUAAAAGGGGUUAGUGGUAGUUUUAGGCCUGGUGUGCUGACAGCACUGAUGGGAGUUAGUGGAGCUGGUAAGACCACUUUGAUGGAUGUUCUUGCUGGUAGAAAAACCGGUGGAUACAUUGAGGGCGAUGUUAGGAUCUCCGGUUACCCUAAGAACCAACAAACAUUUGCCCGAAUUUCUGGAUAUUGUGAGCAAAAUGACAUCCAUUCACCUCAUGUUACAAUUUAUGAGUCAUUGGUCUACUCAGCAUGGCUUCGUUUACCAGCUGAAGUUGAUUCUGAAAAAAGAAAGAUGUUUAUUGAGGAAGUAAUGGAGCUUGUGGAACUCACUCCACUUAGACAAGCACUAGUUGGAUUGCCUGGGGUGAAUGGUCUGUCAACUGAGCAAAGAAAAAGGUUGACAAUUGCAGUUGAGUUAGUGGCAAAUCCUUCUAUAAUAUUCAUGGAUGAACCAACUUCAGGGCUGGAUGCCAGAGCUGCUGCUAUUGUUAUGAGAACAGUUAGGAACACAGUGGACACUGGCAGAACUGUUGUGUGCACAAUUCAUCAACCAAGUAUUGACAUCUUUGAAGCCUUUGAUGAGCUAUUCCUUAUGAAAAGAGGAGGAGAAGAGAUAUAUGUGGGGCCAUUAGGUCGACAUUCUUGCCAUCUAGUCAACUAUUUUGAGGCUACUGAAGGUGUUAGCAAAAUCAAAGAUGGUUAUAAUCCUGCAACUUGGAUGUUAGAGGUUUCGAGUUCUGCCCAAGAAAUAGCUUUGGGAGUUGAUUUUAAUAAAAUUUACAAGAGUUCUGAACUAUACAGGAGUAACAAACAACUUAUCAAAGAGUUAAGCACACCUGCUCCUGAUUCAAAUGAUCUUUACUUCCCUACUCAAUACUCUCGCUCAUUUUACACUCAAUGCAUUGCUUGCUUAUGGAAACAACGGUUGUCUUACUGGAGAAACCCACCUUAUACUGCUGUUAGAUUCAUGUUUACCGCUUUCAUAGGCUUGAUGUUUGGAACAAUGUUCUGGGACUUGGGAUCUAAAAAGUCAAGACAACAAGAUAUCUUAAAUUCAAUGGGAUCAAUGUACGCUGCAGUGUUCUUUAUUGGGGUCCAAAAUGCUUCAUCUGUACAACCAGUAGUGUCCAUUGAAAGAACUGUCUUUUACAGAGAAAGAGCUGCUGGAAUGUACUCAUGUUUUCCCUACUCAUUCGGACAGGUGGUAGUGGAGAUUCCAUACAUUUUCAUUCAAGCAUCAGUAUAUUGCUUGAUAGUAUAUGCAAUGAUUGGAUUUGAAUGGACUGCUGCAAAGUUUUUCUGGUAUCUAUUUUUCACAUUCUUUGCUAUGCUCUACUUCACUUUCUACGGCAUGAUGACUGUGGGAGUCACUCCCAACCAUCACAUUGCUUCCAUUGUUUCUUCUGCCUUCUAUGGAUUAUGGAAUAUCUUCGCCGGCUUCGUCGUCCCUCGCACCAGGAUACCAAUAUGGUGGAGGUGGUACUACUGGGGUUGUCCAGUUGCAUGGACUCUGUACGGACUAGUGGCAUCACAGUAUGGAGAUUUAAGCGAAGACAUCAUUGCUGAGACAGGUGAGAGUGUGGAACAGUUUCUUCGACGCUUUUUUGGAUUCAGACAUGAUUUCUUGGAAUUUGUUGCACUCGCCAAUGUCGCCUUUGCUGUCCUCUUUGCAAUCAUCUUUGCCUUUUCUAUUAAGCUCUUCAAUUUCCAAAGCCGAUAAUUUUAUUUUUUAUUUUUUUUACUUGUUUAAUUUCCGCUUAUCAUUUUAAUGUAUUUUUCAAAUUGUAACCCAUAAUUAUGUAUAUUUUUUUUUAUGUUAUUUUUAUUAAUAAUUCAACAGCCUUUGUUUUC